GUGUGUGUCCCGUCCAUGACCCCCCCCCGUGCCCCCCCCCCCCAGGGCGGGGGGCUGCGCCUGGACGGGCGGCUGCUCCGCGUGGACCCGGCCGUCACCCGGGAGGAGGCGCGCAAACUGCGCGGCCGGAAGGCGAAAAAACCCACGGGCACCCGAAAUCUCUACCUGGCUCGCGAAGGCCUGAUCCGGGCCGGGACGAAGGCUGCGGAGGGCGUGAGCGCCGCCGACAUGGCCAAGAGAGCGCGGUUUGAGGAGCUGAAGUACCAGAAGCUGCGGGACCACAACGUCUUCGUGUCCCGCACCCGCCUCUGCCUCCACAACCUGCCCAAGGGCCUGGAUGACGCGGGGCUGCGGCGCCUGCUGCGGCGCCUGCCGGGGGGGGGCACGGCCCCCCGCAUCAAGGAGUGCCGGGUGAUGCGGGAGCUGCGGGGCCGGGGCCGGUCCCUGGGUUACGCCUUCGUGGAGUUCGGGGAGCACCAGCAGGCGCUGGCGGCCCUGCGGCUCCUCAACAACAACCCCCCCCUCUUCGGGGCCAGCAAGCGCCCCAUCGUGGAGUUCUCGCUGGAGGAUCGGCGCAAGCUGAAGCUGAAGGAGCAGCGAGCCCAGCGCAGCCUGCUCAAGCUGAAACAGGCCGAGAAGGUGGCGCCGGCGCCCCCUAAAAAGCAAGAGGGAAGGAAGAACCCCCCCUCGGAGGGGGCCGGGGGGCGGGCGGACGGCAGCCUCCGGAGCAAGGUGCUGGCGCUGCCGAAACGCGACAAGGGGAAGGUGAAGCCCCCCCCCGCCAAACAGCCCAAAGCCAAAACCCAGCGGCGGAAGGAGAAGCGCAAGGCGGCCCCCCCCCCAGGUAAGAUUCGAGCCCGACGGCGGGGGGGGGCCGGGGGGGGCGAGGCCCGAUUCAACGACCUGGUGGAACAGUACAAGAGGCGAAUCCUGGGCAGCGACCCCCCCGCGCCCAAGAGGGGCAAAUGGUUCGAGAGCUGAGACCCCCCCCCCCCCCCCGAGACCCCCCCCCGGGCACCCUGAGACCCCCCCUCUGCCACCCUGAGACACCCCCCCCCCCCCCAACAUGGGGGCUGGGCCCCUGGGGGGGGCUCAGUGGCCUCAA